UGGUGCCAUUUAUUGUGAGUAAUUUAUAAUAUACAUUGCAUAGAUAUUUUGAUUAAUAUAACAUAUCUUUUGCAUUUCCCUUUCCAUGAAUAUGGUGCAGUUCAAUAUUGAUCUCUGUCAAAAGUACUGUUCAAUUCAAUUUAUACCUUAUACAUGUAAAGAGAAAAAAAACAUGAAUAUUUUUGAACAAUUGAUUCUACCUCUCUUUUCCUUCAUCUUCUUCAUAACCCUACUUCAAAAAUGGCGCUCGAUCGCCUUCCGGCAAGCGGAAAACUUGCCGCCAUCUCCAAAAGGGCUUCCGGUAAUCGGAAAUCUCCAUCAGCUCGGCAAUUCUCCUCACCGCUCAUUACAUUCUCUGUCGAGACGUUAUAACAGUCACGAUCUGUUGUUGCUUCGUUUUGGGCGCGCUCGUGUGCUUUUGGUCUCGUCUGCAAUAACCGCACGUGAGGUGAUGAAAAACCAGGAUGAGAUCUUCUCAAAUAGGCCCAAGCUAAGCAUGCCGGAUAGGCUGAUGUAUGGUUCGAGGAGUGUAGCUUUUACUGCAUACGGUGAAUAUUGGAGACAGGUGAGAAGCAUAUGUGUGAUCCAUCUCUUGAGCAACAAGAGGGUCCAAUCUUUUCGUGCUAUCCGUGAACAAGAAACUUCGAUUAUGGUCGACAAAAUUAGGCGGGAAUCGAGAUCUUCAUCGCCGGUCAUAAACUUGAGCAAUCUAUUGGCCUCAGUCACGAACGAUGUCAUUUGCAGGGUGGCAUUGGCGAGUUAUUCGGUGCCACGAGCUGGGGGGGAAUAUAUACCGUGGUUCGGUUGGAUUACUCGUGUUAAUGGGCUCGACUCGAAAGUCGAGAGAGUUGCUAAACAGUUCGACGAGUUCUUGGAGAAUGUGGUUCGAGAACAUAAAGAUCGGGGGAGAAAACACGAAGAUUUGGAUUUGGUCGACAUAUUACUCGAGCUUCGGAUGCAGAGUUUCAAAAGUGGAAGCUUGCCGAUUGAAGACGACACAAUCAAGGCUCUCAUAUUGAACGUGUUUGCGGCAGGGUCUGAAACCACAUCCAUAGCUAUUGAGUGGGCAAUGGCGGAGCUCAUAAAGAAUCCGAGAACCAUGAAAACCGUGCAGAAUGAAGUUAGACGAGUAGCCAGGAGUAAGAAAGAGAUAGUCGAGGACGACCUAGAGAAAAUGCCGUACCUAAAGGCCGUGUUAAAGGAGGCUCUAAGGCUACAUCCACCCGGCCCUUUACUCGUCCCUCGCGAAUGCACUCACGACACGAAAGUCAUGGGCUAUGAUGUAUUGGCCGGGACACGAGUCUUGAUCAAUGCGUGGGCCAUUGCUAGGGACCGAAUUCAUGGGAAAAUCCCGAAGAAUUUCGACCUGAGAGGUUCUUUGACUCAGGAAUUGACUUUAAGUGACGGCAUUUUGAGGUUGGCCAAGUUGGUGUACCAUUUCAACUUUGCACUGCCUAAUGGAGAAAAGGAAGAGGAUUUGGACAUGAGUGAGGAUGAAGGAUUUACUGUUCACAAAAGGCUUCCUUUGCUUGUAGUCCCCACUCUUUAUGAGAUGUGA